ACGCGUUGGAAAAAGUCAAACUGAAAGGAAAGUGUAAAAGUAAAGUAAAUAAAAGCCAAAAAUCAAAAUGAAAACAAUGGCUGAUGAAGAGGUUAGUGAGGAUUUGAAGUCAUUGAACAUUGAUGAUAAAAAGGAAGUGAGCUCCGGCGAUCACAGCCCAGCAAUGAGUCCAGUCAUGCUUUCCGAAAAUAACUACAACUGGGUAGAUAUCACUGAUGACUUUUUUAAUUCCAUCAAAGUGUUGGACUUAGGCGAAUUGCUGCAUGAUGAGCUGUUUGGACUGUUCGAGGCUAUGUCGGCCAUAGAGAUGAUGGACCCGAAGAUGGACGCAGGAAUGCUUUGCAACAGAGGAAACAAAGCUGCGCUCACUUUCGAACAGGCCGUUGAUUGUGGGAAACUGAAGCUGUCCAGUCUCAGUUUAAGUGAGCAGAUAGGCGUCAUAGACAACACUCUAGCCUGCCUGGUGUCUUGGCUAGAAGGUCACUCUCUGGCACAGACCGUGUUCACCAACCUCUUCCUACAUAAACCUCACACAGUCCAGGACAAACCACUGCGGGCCUUCUGCUUCUCUGUCUACAAGAUCGUCUACAUCAUCAAGGACUUUGUAAACAGAGGUACAGUGUUUGAGGAGGAAGACUUCCAGCCUACAGUGUACGGCUACAGCCUGUGUCCAGACUGGAGCGAGCAGAGAGUCGUGGCGUUGCUGCGGGAGACUGAGGACGAACUACAACGUAGGGUUAGAGCUAGAACUGCCGACACACCCGACACUGGCAAGCAUGAAGACUUGAUAGCACUGCACGCCAGAGUCAGGUUCACACGACUGUUGUACCAAGCACUCAGUUCCCUCAGCAAGCAAGGUGGAGUCAGCGUGGGGGACAGCAGCAAACUGCUGACUACAUGUGCUGAGGUCAUCCCUACACUGAUCAAAACAUUGGACCGUGGUCUGCAACCUACACCUACACCCGACGGAGGUUCGGUGAUGAUGGGUUUUGAGCCGCUAGUCAAUCAGAGACUGCUUCCACCGACAUUUCCUCGCUACACCAGAGUCAAGAGUAGAGCAGAUGCAUAUCAAUAUCUAGAAGAGCUUAUAGGGAGACUAAAACAGGCCUGCAGGGUAGCUACAUGCACCUCCUUCCAUAGUGCUCUGGACCUGUUUAUAGAGCUGAGCAGGAGCAACCCAUGUAUCGUAUCUCGCAGCGUGAUGCAACUGUUGUACGUCAACAGAGCUAACGGUAGCUGUGUAGAUGCUCUGAGAGACGCAGCUCGCAACUUCAUAUCUCCUCCCUCCCUCGCACCGAGGAACCCAUUCGUUGCCAACCCUCAGGCCAGGGAGUAUGUGGACACAUUCUUUGACAGAUGUGUUCGUCCGUUCACCAGUCUCAUCCAACUGUGUGGACACAACAGAGCCAGACAGAGAGACAAGUUAGCUCAUCUACUGGAGGAGUUUGCAUCUCUACAGGACGAGGCAGAGAGAGUGGAUGCGUUCCUCAACAACAUAGGUCAGAAGUGUGACCCUCCGAGAUCUCAUUUGGCAUGUUUUGGCACUUGGGUACUCUACCACAGUCUCAGAAUCAUGAUUAUGUUUCUUCUCUCUGGCUUUGAGUUGGAACUCUACAGCACUCACGAGUACCAUUACAUCUUCUGGUAUUUGUACGAAUUUCUCUAUGGUUGGUUGAUCUCAUCUCUGACACGAGCCGACAGUUUCUUGGUGGAUCAGGAGCAGGCUGCCGCCGCGGGGAGGGCACAGAGACGUAGCAAACCAAGGAAAAAGAAGGCCAGACCUUACACUAGGGAAAUCAUCUUGCACCAGGCUCUACAGAACAUGUGUGGCGGAUAUUAUAAGGCAAUGCUGGGAUUCCGGCAAGACGGGAAGUUACAACUGCCACACCCGGAGUUUGACUGUGAGCGAGUCCGUUACGAACACCGCUUCGCACCCUUCAGCAGUCUUCUGACACCUCCACCCGUGCAGUACUCAGAGUUCCAUGACAUGACCGCGGCACUACAGCACACCCAUAGUCAGAGCUUGUACACCCACGGGUGCAAACACUUCCACCAGGCUAGGUCCUUGCUGGAGUCCAUCACCAACCCCGACAAUGAGAUCAAUGAGCUGUUGAGAGUUGCCAAAACCAACUUUGUGGUGUUGAAACUUCUCGCCACAGGACAUAGGAGGGAGAGCACCAAGCCACCAGAUUUUGACUUCUCAUAUCACCACCAUUUCCCCAUCAUCAAACUACAGUAAUACACUCAUCUAGUCAGACACUUUAUAUUUGUUUUGUAAGAAUUCAUAAUUUGUUGUAAAUAAAUCACAUUGAUGAUCA